AUGAAGGUAGCCAUUACUGUCGCUCUGUUGGUGUUUGCUGCCACUGAAGUCGCUGCGUACCCCAGGAUAGCUGCUGGGUAUGCUGAAAAACUCGCGAAAUCACAGCGCGGCAAGCGAAGCACAGCUGCUCGAGACCCAUUACAAAAGCGCUUUGGUUUUGAUGCUGCAUCGCAGUACGUUAGCACGACCGGAAAGAAUGCGUUCGUUGCACCAGACUUUGAUGCAGGAGAUGUUAGAGGCCCUUGCCCCGGUUUGAAUGCUGCAGCAAACCAUGGAUACAUUCCCCACAAUGGUGUUGGAACCAUUGGCGAUUUUAUCGAAGGUACCAACACUGCCUUUGGCAUGUCGUUGGAUCUUGGAGCGUUUCUCGGCAUCUAUGGCGCCGUGUUCGAUGGCAACUUGCUAGCUUGGUCGAUUGGUGGACCAACACCUAACAAUGCUCUUCCUUUGGGAAAUCUCUUGGGUCUUACCGGCCAGCCCCGAGGAAUUUCUGGCUCACACAACAAGUACGAAUCCGACACCUCUCCAACUCGUCCGGAUCUUUACUUGGCUGGGCAAUCCUUCAAUCUAGAGGUUGAUUUGUUUCAAAAGUACUAUGAUGCCUUAAUUGAGGGUGUUGGUGCCGAUGCACAAUAUCAAGGACUUCUUGACUUCAGAAUUGAUCGCUUCAAUAACUCUAUUACGACGAAUCCGUACUUCUUCUCUUCACCCUUUGCCGGUGUACUCGUCUCACCUGCCGGUUACAACUUCCCUGUUCGAAUGAUGUCCAACAAAUCUGCAGAAUUUCCAGAGGGCUCGCUGACAAAAAGGGACCUAAUGUCUUUCUUCGCCAUCACUGGCGAGUCUGGCAACUUCCAAUAUACUCCUGGCCAUGAACGAAUCCCAGAUAAUUGGUACAAGAGAGCUAUUGGUGAUGAAUAUUCCAUCGUUAGCUUUCUUGCUGACGUCGUCGACUUUGCAGUGCAAUAUCCACCUCUUCUUAAUAUUGGUGGAAACACCGGCAAGCCAAAUACUUUUACACCUGUCGAUCUUCGAUCUUUGACCAACGGUGUGUUUGAGACGGGAACUUUACUUGAGGGAAAUAACUUGGAAUGUUUCGUCUUUCAGAUCGCUCAAGCAGCACUUCCUGAUAUUGCUCGUGGUUCUCUCAUAAACGUCGUGGAUGCCAUUCAGCCAUUCUCAGAUAUUGUUACUCAACGUCUUGCUGGCUUGGGCUGUCCGCAACUGAAUGGCAUCGACCAAAGCACAUUCAAUAAUUUCCCAGGAUACACUAAUUGCAAGAAUGGAUGCUCAUCGUAUUAG